AUGGGCAACAAACAGACCAUCUUCACCCACGAGCAGCUGGAAGCCUACCAGGACUGCACCUUCUUCACCAGGAAGGAGAUCAUGAGGCUCUUCUAUCGCUACCAGGACCUGGCCCCCCAGCUCGUGCCCCUGGACUAUACCAGCUGCCCAGAUGUGAAGGUGCCCUACGAGCUCAUUGGCAGCAUGCCAGAGCUGAAGGACAACCCCUUCCGCCAGAGGAUCGCCCAGGUCUUCUCCGAGGCCGGGGAUGGCCACAUGACCUUGGACGACUUCCUGGACAUGUUCUCCGUGAUGAGCGAGAUGGCUCCGCGCGACCUCAAGGCCUACUACGCUUUUAAAAUCUACGACUUUAACAACGAUGACUACAUCUGUGCGUGGGACCUGGAGCAGACGGUGACCAAGCUGACGCGGGGGGAGCUGAGCGCGGAGGAGGUGAACAUGGUGUGCGAGAAGGUGCUGGAUGAAGCUGACGGGGACCACGACGGGCGGCUGUCCCUGGAAGACUUCCAGAACAUGAUUCUGCGGGCUCCUGAUUUCCUCAGCACCUUCCAUAUCCGCAUCUGAGAGCACCGCCCAGAGGAUCGGCCAAGGAGGGCAGGGGAGCCCCCACCCCACUGUGGACUCUGGCCUCCCCGGUCACUGGAAAUAAACAUGAGGCACUG